AUUGACAGCCUCAAUUGACAUCAAUCCGAAUUCCUCCGUCGUAGAGCAUCUUCUCUAGUUUUGUGUUCCGUGUUCGCGUCGAUCAGUUCGGUGAAGAUGAUGAAGUACUGUGCACUCAGCGCGGUUUUGGCGUGUGUUUUUGUGGUGGCAGUGGGCCGUGCUCAGGAGAACCAGAAGCAGGUCCAGGUCCCGGUCAACGAGAUGCUGAACAACACCAGGAUGAGGGAGGCGUACUUCAAGUGCAUGUCUGACAAGGGACCCUGCACCCCGGACGCAGCUGAACUUAAGAAGGUGCUCCCAGAGGCCAUGACUAAGAAAUGUGCGGCUUGCACCGACACUCAGAAGAAAAUUUUGAGCAAAAUCCUGGAUUACAUGAUGGAGAAAGACAAGGCAACCUACAAGGAAAUUCAAGAGAAGUAUGACCCUAAGAACGAGUACACCAAAAUGCGAGAGGAAGAAAUCAAGAAGGAGAAGGCGGAGGAAAAGAAGAAGCCCGCCGAAAAAGACGCUCCCAAGAAAUCUUAGAAAUCCGAAAAUCGCUAAAUCCCCGCUUGCCUGUGUUAAUUAUUGUUCCUGAUUCAUGUUACCUGUUAAAAUGCUGAAUUUAUAUAGUCAUUGUAAAUAAAUGCGCCUGAUUUUA